CUUUUGUUAGCUUAGCGGCACUUGCUAGCUUCGUCGAGUAGGUGGCGGGAGCUCAGGCAGGUUGAAACUGCUGUAAAAGACCGUGCAUCUUUUGCAGUUGAUAACAUGGCAGACAGCGAUGACGAAUACGACCGCCGCCGCAGGGAUAAGUUUCGCCGGGAGAGGAGUGAUUACGACCGUUCAAGAGAAAGGGAGGACCGGCGCAGAGACGACUGGAGUGACAGGCGGCCAUCGGGAAGAGAAUGGGACCGUGGACGGGAGCGGCGCAGUCGAGGGGAGUACCGAGACUAUGAGCGGGGCCGCCGCGAACGCUUCUCUCCGCCCAGGCACGACAUGGGAUCUCAGCCCAAACGCAUGAGGAGGGACUGGGAUGACCAUGGUGGGGACCCCUAUCAUGGAGGGUUUGACCUUGGCUAUGGAGGAGGUGGGGGCCCAAGUUACGCCCCUCCCCAGCCAUGGGGCCACCCAGACAUGCACCUCAUGCAGCCUCACCACACUAUCCCCAUUCAGGCCAGGUUGGGCAACAUUCAUGACAUGGACCUGGGCCCUCCGCAGCCUGUGAUGAAGAACUUCAGAGAGUUCCUGCUCUCGCUUGACGAGUCUGUGGACGAGAUGGAGGCCGUGAAGCGCUACAACGAGUACAAGAUCGACUUCCGGCGCCAGCAGAUGCAGGACUUUUUCCUCGCCCACAAGGACGAAGAGUGGUUCCGCUCAAAGUACCACCCGGACGAGGCGGGCCGGCGUAAGGCCGAGGCCCACGGUGCUCUGGAGAAUCGCCUCAACGUCUACAUGUACCUCAUGGACAACAGCUGGUAUGACAACGUCUCGCUAGACAUCGAGCGCGCCCAGCCCAUCAUCAAAAUCCUGGACGCAGCCGUGAUUAAGAUGGAGGGAGGCGAUGAAAACGACCUGCGUAUCCUUGAGAUGCCGUGCGAGGAGGAGGAGAGGGAACGGCUGUCUACGGGCUCCGAGCCGCCCAAACGUGAGGAACCCCGCAUGAUGCCCGACGCUGAGCGCAAGCCGCCCGCUGACAAGGAGAACAAGGAGAAGCCUGAGGGUGCAUCAGAUGCAGAGAAGGAGGCCAAGCCAGUGGACAGUGGUGCUCCUGGAGACAAGCCUGAAGAGAAGCCUGCGGCGGAGGAGCCUCCAGAGCCCAAGAGGGCAUCAAAGAGGAGGAAGCGAACUCGCAGCGAGGUGGAGAGUGAGGACGAGGCCAGCGCCUCGGACAGCGACUCAGAUUCCGACUCUGACUCCGACUCCCACUCCCAGACCUCAGAGAAGCCGCCGGAGAAAGAGGAGGGAGAAGAGAAGGAGGAAGAAGAGGAGAAGGAGGAGGGAGAGGCUGACACCAGUAAAGAGAAAGCAGCAGUAGCAGAGAAAAAAGAAGAGGGGGAGGAGGAGGAGAGGGAAGAAGGGGAAGAAGGUGAGGAAAAGGAGAAGGAGAAACCGAUGGAUGAGGAGGAGAAGGAGAAGGAGAAGAAGGAGAAAGACGAGGAGGAGGAGGAUGAGGAAAAGGAGAAGAAGCCCAAAGAGGUGCUCCCCCCAACACCACGGCCUCUCCACAAAACCUGCUCCCUCUUCAUGAGGAACAUCGCCCCCUCCAUCUCCAAAGCAGAAAUCAUCGCUCUGUGUCGGCGGUACCCGGGCUUCAUGCGCGUUUGCCUGUCAGAGCCCCAGCCGGAGCGCAGGUUCUUCAGGCGCUGCUGGGUGACGUUUGACCGCAGCGUGAACAUCAAGGAGACCUGCUGGAACCUGCAAAAUAUCAGGCUGCGGGACUGUGAGCUGGCGCCUGGUGUGAACCGUGAUCUGGCUCGGCGCGUCCGCAACGUCAACGGCAUCACACAGCACAAGCAGGUGCUCCGCAAUGACAUCAAGAUGGCCGCCAAGCUUAUCCACGCCCUGGACGACCGAGAACACCUCUGGAGCCCCAAACCCAGAGAUGGGGGAGAUAGCCAUGAUAUUGAGAUGGCUGCCCAGAACCCGAUCCUGAAGAACAUCACGGACUACCUGAUAGAGGAGGUGAGCGCCGAGGAGGAGGAGCUCCUGGGCAGCACGGGCGGAGUCGACUCAGAGGAGGGCGCCAAGGACGGCAACCCCUCCGAGGUCACCGUGGAGAGGGACGACAAGCUUGUGAAGGUGUUGGAUAAGCUGCUGCUCUACCUGCGCAUCGUGCACUCCAUCGACUACUACAACACCUGCGAGUACCCCAGCGAAGACGAGAUGCCCAACCGCUGUGGCAUCAUCCAUGUCCGAGGCCCCAUCCCACCCAACCGCAUCACGCACAGAGAAGUGGCGGACUGGCAGAAGACGUUUGAGGAGAAGCUGAGCCCUCUGUUCAGCGUGAAAGAGACUCUGUCGGACGACGAGGCGGUGAAGAUGGGCCGCAAGGACCCCGAGCAGGAGGUGGAGAAGUUUGUGUCUGCUAACACGCAGGAGCUGGGCAAGGACAAGUGGCUAUGCCCGCUCAGCGGCAAGAAGUUCAAGGGUCCUGAGUUUGUACGGAAGCACAUCUUGAACAAGCACGGGGACAAGAUUGAGGAGGUGAAGAAAGAGGUGGAAUUCUUUAAUAACUUCCUGACUGAUGCCAAGAGGCCGUCGCUGCCCGAGUUGAAGCCUCCACCUCCCCCAGGACCCGGACAAGCUGGAGUUCUGUCUCCUGGGCUCCCCUUUGCUCCUCCUCCGGCUGGACAGGGUCUACUUGGAGCCUUUGGCCAGCCCAGACCUCCCCUGAUGGGCUAUGGAGGUAACCCGUAUCCACCCAACCAGUAUGGCGGUGGGGGCAGGGGCAACUAUGACAACUUCCGCGGACAGGGAGGCUACCCAGGAGGAAAGCCUCGUAACAGAAUGAUUCGUGGUGACCCUCGCAACAUCAUCGAGUACCGAGAUCUGGAUGCCCCUGAUGACGUUGACUUCUUUUAAAAUUGUUUUUUAAUUUUUUUGUCUUUUUUUUCCAGCAGUCUUUUUUUGCUAGCUGUAUGUGAGCUCCAUUCAUUUUUAACUACAGUAGUUAACUUUCUUCAGCAGCUUUCCAAUAACAUCAAGUGUCUGUGUAGAAAUUACCCCCGUUUUCCACCCUGGCUAAUAAAUCAGAUGACACUCCUUGGACUGAUUAUAUUAUAUUUUAUAUUCCAGAAUGUACAAAAUAGCCAGAGGUCAUUUGACCUUGGAAGACAUGGUUAAAUACAUUGCAAUGUAUUCGCUGAAAGGCUUUCCAAGAAUAAAAACAUCAAUUUUA